AUGGCCUCCGGGGCCCGCUAUGCCGGGAAGGUUGUGGUCGUGACAGGAGCCGCGCGUGGCAUUGGAGCCGGGAUCGCGCGGGCCUUCGUGGACAGCGGGGCGCAAGUGGUUAUCUGUGACAAGGACGAGCGGGGCGGCCGCGCACUGGAGCAGGAGCUCCGCAGAGCCGUGUUUAUCCGCUGUGACGUGACUCGGGAGGAGGAUGUGAGGGCCCUGCUCUCCGACACCGUCCACCGGUUCGGCCGCCUGGACUGCGUGGUCAACAACGCCGGCUCCGUGAGUUGUGAGCCCGCCCCGUCCUCCUGCUCCUCCGUGUCCCCCGCCCCGCGCUGUGGCAGCCCACAGGCCUGAGCCCGCCCCGCUCCGUGCCUCAGUUUCUCCGUCUGUAAAUCAGGAAACACUGCCGUGGUUUUUCUCCGGGGUGCUGGGGUGCCCCUGCAGAGUGACAGCUGUCACUCUCUCGGGCGGGUGCACAGCCUCCUGGGAAGCAGGGGCUGUGGGCUGAGGGGCGGGGCUUGCCUGGGGGCGCGGCCUGGCGCUUCUCUUCAGCUGUGCUGGGCUUGGGUUUGAGCAGAGAGCUCACCUUCCCCUCGGUGCCCUUGGCACCGCACAGGUUCCGACCCCUGCAGGGCCAGCGUCCCGCGAGGGCUAAGUUUGCGUCCACACAAACAUUUUUUUAAGAGAUUUAUUUUGUUUAUUUGAAAGGCACAGUGACACACACAGACAGAGGUCUUUCCUCUGCUGGUCCGUGAACGGCCACAACAGCUAGGACUGGGGCCAGGCUGAGGCCAGGAGCCUGGGACUCCAUCCGGGGUCUCCCACGUGGGUACAGGGGCCCAGGCACUCGGAUCGUCCUCUGCCUCUUUCCCAGGCCAUCGGAAGUGGAGCAGCCAGGACUCGAACCUGCACUCUGAUACAGGUGCCAGCCUUGUAGGUGGCGGCUUAGCCCACUGUGCCACAGCGCCAGCCCCAGGAAAAUUUAUUUGUACCCCAGAAUCAGUGCCGGGGCUUCCCCUGGUUACUCCUGGGGGUGCACAGAGCUUGGGGGCACGUAUUUCCUGCGGAGGUAGAAAAAGGGACAGAGAGGGGCCGGCACUGUGGUGUAGCAGGUAAAGCUGUCGCCUGCAGUGCCGGCAUCCCAUACGGGUGCCGGUUCAAGUCCCGGCUGCUCUACUUUCUAUCCAGCUCUCUGCUGUGGCCUGGGAGAGCAGUGGAAGAUGGCCCAGGUCCUUGGGCCCCUGCACCCGCGUGGGAGACCCGGAUGAAGCUCCUGGCUCUCUCUGGCUGUCGCGGGCUGUGGCCACUUGGGGAGUGAAUCAGCGGAUGGAAGACCUCUCUCUCUGUCUCUCUUUCUGCUUCUCUGUAACUCUGCUUUUCAAAUAAAUAAACAAAUCUUUUAAAAAAAGAAAGAAAAAGAGACAGAGAAGCCCUGAGGCAAGAGACUGAUGGAGACCCGGGGUAGGCAGACGGACAGCUGUUGGGGGGCGGCUGCACAGCCCGGGCACUGUUUGCAGACGGGACAGUGGUGUGUGGGAGAAGGCACAGUUUGCAGAUGUAGGAUUACUGUCUGUGUCGGAGACACGCGUGUGGACAGACGUGUGGGCACACGGGCGUGUGACUUUCCAUCACGCCACCUGUGCGCUCCCCGAGAAGUGGGGCCGCACCCCUAAUCCACGACCUCGGUCCCUGUCUCCUGCUCUCUGGGGAGGAAGGCCGAGUGACAGACAGGGAGAGAGAGAAGAGACAGAGAGGUCUUCCACCUGCUCGGUCACUCCCCGAGUGCCCAUGUGGCCAGGGCUGGGCCAGGUCGAAGCCAGGAGCCUGGGUGGCAGGGACUGGAGCCCCGGGGCCCGCCGUCUGCUUUCCCAGGC